AUGGGUCCGUUCUUCGAGCACAUCAUCUUUGCGAGUGCCUUCCUUUUCCCGCCAGUUGCACUCACCGUUCUACUAUGCCUCGUCCUUGCCACUUUUGGGAAAAGUCUGGGAUUGAGGAAACUCUACGUAAAUACGCUCAUUGCUAUCUUUGAGUGGGGUGCUCGACAAAUCAAAACGACAAAGAAGAUGGAGAAAAUCAAGCGUGGUGAAAGCUCGGCUCAAUUGUUCAAUCUUGGCGAUUGUCUUUCAAGUUCGGAUGAUGAGCAGCCCUCUGAUGACAAUGAAGUACGAAGUGAUGGAUACGAAUCGGGAAGCGGUAUGCGGCGACGGCAUGGGUCUGGAACUAGUGUUUGUUCGGUGUCGUCAGUUUGUAGUCGCACGGAACCGGCCCUGCUCCGCAAGAAUAGCAUAAUUCGUCGCGAAACGCAGAUCCAAUUCGACGAGGACGAAGACGAUGGAGAAGUGCUGGUGAACAGUCGAGGAUGGGCUGUGAUGAGGGAUUCGAUCGACUUUGUCAAGGCUGGUAUCGAGUCGAUCAUCGAAGAUGAGGUCACUUCUCGAUUUGAGGCGGAACAAUUGGCUAGUUGGAACAUGUUGACGAGAACUUCAAUUCGAUUUUAUCAAUUCGUCAACUGGAAGCUUACGGUCCUCUAUUCGCUCGGAUUCUUGCUACGCUAUUGCGUUUUGUUGCCUCUUCGGAUAUCAAUCUUCAGCAUCGGAUUGGUGUUUUUGGUGGUCAGCACGGCGAUUAUUGGUCUUUUCCCCGAUGGAGCUUUGAAAAGGAGACUCAACUUUAACUGUAUGCUCAUCUGCUAUCGGAUUCUUUCAAGAUCGGUUUCUGCUGUAGUCCAUUUCCACGAUGAGCACAAUCGUCCUCCAGGCAGCGGAAUUGCUGUGGCCAACCACACGUCACCAAUGGACGCAAUGAUUUUAUCAACAGACAACGUGUACGCCUUAAUUGGACAACGACAUCCAGGCAUUCUUGGAUUGGUGCAACGAGCGCUUUCAAGAGCAUCUUCACACAUUUGGUUCGAGCGAUCGGAGGCCAAGGAUCGAGCAACCGUUGCGCACAUGUUGCGUGAGCAUGUGAGUGAUGUCAACAAGCUACCGAUUUUGAUCUUCCCGGAGGGCACUUGCAUAAACAACACAUCGGUGAUGAUGUUCAAGAAAGGAUCUUUUGAGGUUGGAGCUACGAUCUUCCCAAUUGCCAUGAAGUACGACUCUCGUUUUGGUGAUCCCUUCUGGAAUAGUAGUGAACAAACAUGGGCCGAAUAUCUUUUGAGGAUGCAGACAUCUUGGGCGAUUAUCUGCAACGUUUGGUACCUGCCACCAAUGAGGAUACAUGAAGGUGAAGAUGCGAUCGAUUUCGCUAACCGAGUGAAGAAGGCAAUCGCUCAAAAGGGAGGAUUGGUCGAUUUGGAAUGGGAUGGCCAACUGAAACGCUCACGCGUGCCACCGAAGCUCGUUCGGAAACAACAAGAAAAAUAUUGCCAUCGAUUUGCCCGUUACACUUCGACCAGCGACGGACUCAGGGCGAACGCGGAAGCAGAGGAUGACGGAGAAUACAUCACUUUCAAAUCACCGGGUGUUUCGGGAUACAAUUCGCUGGAAGAAUUGCCCGAAGACGUGAUUGUUUCAUCGGAUGAGGAUGAAGGGACAAUACCUGAAGAUGCGAUUCCAACGCGGCAGCGAAGGCGACAUGCAAGGAGCGACAAUGAUGUAGACGAUGUUCUCCUCAGUCCAAUCACUUCACAA